CAGGGGAUGAAAACUUUCCAGCUGGUCAGCAUGUUUAGGAGAGACUUGAGACCCGAUUCUUGGUUCUUCAGCUUUCUGGUUGGUCUGUCCAGGACCCUCCUUGCCUUUGCAGCCCUGGCCAAGAACCAGACUUCUAAGGGUUUUGCUCCUGUCACAAUUGAGACCUCAAGACACAUGUAUGAGUAUGUGGCCACUGGUUUGGACUGGUGGCAUGCUGACAGAUACUGUGAGCAGCACUUUGCUCAGCUGCUCUUCGAACCCCAGCACAGUGAUCACGUUUCCUUCAGCAAACUGCUACAGUCCCAUCACAUCAGAGGUUCUGUCUGGCUAAAGGAAAGGAAUGGUAUCCUGCACAAACCAAAGAGGAGACGGGAUCACACUGUACCAGUCUUGGUAUUCAGAGACAAAACAGACACAAAAUACGUGAAGGUGCUCUCUGACUUCCCAGCACUGCCUGCAGUGACAGCCUGUGCCCACCUCCAGUGGGACACCAGGACCCAGGAGAUCGCUACCAUCUUCUCCUACGCUGUGCCAGCUUUCAUUAACGAGUUCCAGCUCCGUGGCUCUGUUGACGAGGAAGGCUUUGUUCGGUUUGCCCUCAUAGUCCACGGGCACCACUCCCCAUACCUGCCUGUGUUCCGUGCUGAUGGACAGUGGCAUCACUUCUGUGUCACCUGGCAGCAGGAGAAUGGCACCUGGGCCAUCUAUGCUGAUGGGAAAAGGAGAGCAUCUGCCAUUGGGUUGUGUGCUGCAGGGACGGUUGCCCCCCAGGCCAUCAAUGGCCAGGGGACCUUCAUCAUUGGGCAGGAUCAAGAUUCCCUGGGGGGCACCUUCAGGGCGAAGGAGUCCUUCAGUGGGAACAUCACUGACUUGCACAUCUGGCAGAAAGUCCUCAGUGUGGAGCAGAUUGAGAAGGUUCGGUCGUGCUGGGUGGUAGAGCAAGACCUUGUGUUUGGGUGGAGCUUCAAAGCUCUGGAGGUGGAGAGCACCGUUCAGGCAGUGACUGCACAGAUUCUUUGCCCAGGUAGGUCUCAUUGCCCUUGUGGCCUCAGCCAGGUUGGGUUGGCAGGAUUCAGUUAUGCAUCUUGUUUGCAGACUUUGCCUUUCAUCUGUCGCUACAGAAAGGAUGCAUACUGGCAACUGAAAAGAGCUAAGCUGGAGUCCAGCCACUCACUUGUUGGCCGUGUGAACGCGCACGCAGCGAGGACUGUGCAGAUUCCUGACAGCAUCUUCACGAAUGACGUCCAAGACUUGAAUCUCUCUGUGGCUCUUGGUGCUCUUGAUGUCUUGGCAACUGUCCUGAGGGAAGAAGAAAUGCUUGUGCUGGAGCCAUCUGACCUCUUUGCAGUGCUUCAAUUGCUAAAGCAAGUUGUAGAUAUGGAAGUCCAGGAGGGAGAUGAGCUGGAGGUGUUGGAGCAGUUGGGCCAGUAUUACAUGGAAGUGGCUGAGUUUAUCCUGGAAGAGCAGAAUGUUGGUGCGUGGUCAUCAGUCAGCCAGGUUAUCACAGGGCCCAUGGCUGUUGUUGAGCUCUGUGACAGAAUGGCAUCACUCUUAGUCCCACUACUGACCACAGGGAGGACAAAGAUCACGAUCCAGCACAGGAAUGUUGGGCUGGAGGUGAGGGAGCUGGAGCUGAGCGGGCAGGAGCUGAGCGGUGAGGCAUACGUGAUCCGCACCCCUGAGAAAGGAAGGCACGACCUCAUCGAAGUUCCCGCAGAAGAAAUGCAAAGACUGAAAGGCAGAGGUCUGCGCAGAGUCACGGUGAAGAACAUGUGGUUUGGGUACAGUUCCCUGCAGCGCUGCCUGUCCAGCGCCGGCAGCAGCGCCGAGUCCCAGCACGGGGGACAGAGGUACCUGGGCACCACAGUGGGCACUGCUGUGAUCUCAUCCACUCUGCUCAGUGACUACGAGGAGAUCAGCACAUCUGUGCGCUAUCGCCUGCAGCACCGCAGCCAGGACCUGCCUGACAGACUGGUGGGGCCCAUAUGUGCCUUCUGGAACUUCAGCCUCAGCCCAGAUGCUGGUGGGAUGUGGUCCACAGCUGGCUGCUCUGUGGUGACAUCUCUCCCAGACUCCACUGCCUGUUUUUGCAACCACACCACAAAUUUUGCCAUCCUGCUGCAAGUGUAUGAGCUGGAGAGGACCACCAAGGAGGAGUUUACACUGCAGACCUUGACUUUCAUCGGAUGUGGAGUUUCCUUCUGUGCCUUGAUAAGCACCUUCAUUUUGUUCUUGGUAGUUCGCAUCCCCAAGAGUGAACGAACAACUGUGCACAAGAACCUGAUCUUUGCACUGGCUGCAGCAGAAGCUCUGCUCAUGUUCAGUGAGUUGGCCAAGACCAGCCAGGUGCUGUGCUUCAUGGUCACUGCCUUCCUGCACCUCUUCUUCAUGGCAGCCUUCUCCUGGAUGCUGGUAGAGGGACUUCUCCUCUGGAGCAAAGUGGUGGCAGUCAACAUGAGUGAGGACAGGAGAAUGAAGUUCUACUAUGUGACAGGCUGGGGCCUUCCAGUCCUUAUCGUGGGGGUGACCCUUGCCACUUCCUUUAACAAGUACGUGGCAGACAACCACUGCUGGCUGAAUGCUCAGACCAACGUCAUCUGGGCCUUCGUUGGUCCUGUGCUCUUCAUCCUGGCUGUGAACACGUUCGUGCUGCUCCGGGUGGUGAUGGUGACUGUGUCCAGUGCUCGCAGGAGAACAAAGAUGCUGACGCCCAACAGCAGCCUGGAGAGCCAGAUUGGAGUGCAGAUAUGGGCCACAGCCAAGCCCGUCCUGGUGCUGCUGCCCGUGCUGGGGCUGACCUGGGUGUGUGGGGUCCUCGUCCACCUUAGCAUCAUCUGGGCCUAUGUCUUCAUCGUGCUGAACUCCCUCCAGGGCCUGUACAUAUUCCUGGUCUAUGCAAUCUACAGCAGUGAGGUGAGGAAUGCCAUCCAGAGGAUGAAGGACAAGAAGAAAGCCCUCUCAUUCACAAAUUGCUCUCAUCCCAUCACCUACUUAUCAAGUCCAAGAAACACAACCUCCUGGGAGACAGGGAAGACAAGUCCUGCAGCUGAGAAUGCCUUGCCAAGCCCUGUGCAGAAAGACCCUCCAGCGAAGAACAUCACCAGCAAGGGAAAUUUUGGAGCCAGAAUUCCCAUGGGGAUUUCAUCGAUUAUGUCACCUGAGAGACCGGCUGUAGAGCUGAUGGCGUUCAAAUCCUCAGGUUGUAGGAAGGCCAAUGUCACCAUGGAGGUGGUAGAAUUAGAACCAGAAAUCCCUCCUAAGCCCCAGACCUCUGCUAGAUGGAUCACUGGGGAGAGGUGA